UCAAAUGAAGUGAAGACGUUGAAUCUAUUUGGCAAGGAAACUGGCCACCACAUAAUACAGAAGCUUAUCUUCAUAUAUUAUUACCUCAUCCAGGUCCAUGUUCAGAGUAACCACCUCACCGACUAUGCCUCUCGCGACUGUUUCGUCCUCUGCCGUCUCGUCUCCGCCGCCGUUGCCACAACCGAACCGCUUUCGAGCCCGACGGCCAAGCCUAGUCGUAGUUUGUUGCAAAUUGGGUUCAGUGAAUGCCGCAGAGAGCGGUGGAAAAGACGAGCUGACAAUAGGGUCUCCGAUCAUCGUGGUUGUGGCUCCGCCGACGCUGAAGACGGCGAGCUCCAUGCCGUCGCUGAGGGUCAACUCCGGGCUGGUCAAGCCCGGCGAUGUAGGAAGAAUUGUGGCAAGGAAGCCUAAAGACGUCUGGGCCGUCCGCCUCGCGAUUGGUACAUACCUCAUUGAUGGCAAGCACUUCAAGCCCUUGGAUGUCGACGAAUGAGCAAGAUACAGGAUGGUCCCAAAGACAAAGAUUCGCGCACAAGUUGCAGUUUUCACUUUGUGUUCACUAAAUUGGCACAUCUGAAAAUUUUGUAACCAUCAGUAUAUAAGAAAUAUAAGGCAGGUUUUUUUAAUCAAAA